AUGAGCCAAGCGACCGUCAUCGGCCGAACGCGUCAAGAGCCCGAGUCCACCUCAUUGUGCCUUUUUGAUGUCUUGCACAAUUCCCUUGUUCUCGCAAACAUUGUCCCCCAUCUCGACGCAUCGGGCAUCCUGAACCUAGCUGCGGCCGACCAAGCUUCCAGAGCUCUCGUAUACAACACCCCAGGCGUGUUCCGACACCUUGAUCUCACUCGGGUCAAAAAUGCUCAGUUUGACAUUGACCAAAUCGAUCGCGGCGGCAACAUCUGGCGCAAUGCUCAGCUCGACGAGAACCUGUCAGAGGACGACUUCUACUCCGGACCCUUGAGGGCCGUCUUCUCGACUCUCCGGCGUCGCCACAUUCUCCAACAUGUCCAGACUCUUGUUCUCGACGGUCUUUCCGUGACAUCCGAGCUGUGCCACGAAAUCAUCAACGAUGCCUCCUUCAGCGUCCGCAUUCUGUCCAUCCGGGAUGUCAAGAACCUCAACCAGAGCAAGCUGCGGGGCGCCCUGCAGUAUGCCUGCCGUAGAACCAGGCCAGAAAACUCUCCGAAGCUGAGGGCACUAUAUAUCUUUGGUUCCAGGGAUCCGUCGGACACGGCCCCCAACGCCGGCCAGUAUCACUGCGCCUCCGUGAGCGUCGACUGGAACCACAGGAGCCAAAUGGCCUUGACGUCGUCACUCCGACCGGACGGCGACGCUUGGUGGUCCAAGAGGGGCCGUAUCAUAUCGCGACUCAUCUCGGACGAGUGGGCCAGUUGCAUGGUGGCCUGUGAGGGCAUCAUCGCCUUUGACGCGGUCCUGUGCCAGGGCCCUCGCCAUCGCAACUCCCAUGCCUUUGGAAAGACAUCGUUCCCCGCCGACAGCGGUCCUGCGGCUGCGACCUUUGCAGUGUCCGGCUGCGAGAACUGCGGCACAGCGCCCGAGGGUCUGGCCCAUCCGGCGUCGACGUCUCCAGCCAGCCUUCCGCUUCUCGCCCCUCCUCCAAUCUUGUCAUCGUCUAUCCGCGCCGCCACCUCUCCCCAGUUGCCCCAUCAGCCAUUUGUUGCUCGAUGCAUGGACUGCCUCCGCGAGCGAUACUGUAUCGCGUGCCACAAGUGGUGGUGCGAGGCGUGUUACAAGCUCCCUGGACAAGUUCAGGCCGACAUCAGCAGCGUCAUCGUAGUUGACGACGAGGACGACUCUUUACCUGCGCUCGAGAGCUUGGAACUGGUACAGACAGCUACCAAGAUCAAGAGCCGAAUCUCCAAGAGCUGCUGGGAAUGCGGCAACAACUGCGACUCUUGCAUAGAUCAAACGCAGAGGGUAUGCAGGAAAUGCUGCGGUGGGUACUGCAUCAUCCACAACGAGGGAUCCUCGGCGAGCCACUGCGAUUGGUGUGUUUCUCGAGGCCGCGGCCUCGGGCGGCUGUGA